AUGAUUACUCGGUAUCGAUCCCUCAAUAAGCCGUUCCAUUCUUUCCCUUCUGUAACUUUGCGCACGCUCUUGGUUUCGCUAGCGAUAAUUUUCUUCGUUACUCUUCGGUCAACGACAGCUUUUGCACCCGCACCCUCUUUGCUUGUUGCCGGACAAACAACGCCGUUAUCCACGUCGCCAAUACGGUCUUGGAGAAGCCUCUACGCUCGUGUCAAUGGAGACUCGUCGCUUCAAGAGCCACUCCCGUUCGUAAUCGAAAGUAUACCACUUGAUCAAAACGAACGCGUCUACACAGAAAUUUCUGAAGUCUGUAUUCAGGCCUUUUUCAACGAUGGUGAGCAGCACCGGAAGAUUCCUCCCUGGAAGGCAUGGCAACUGGGAUACCUACGUCAGUUGCAACAGUCUGAUCUUAAAGUGCGGCGGAGAAAAUACCCAGAUACCAAUUUCAUGCUCGUUGCCCGGCGUGUGUACCCCAUCUCGGAGAUGCCUGGCGCCGUACGACACACGCCACUCAUCCUCGAUGUAUCGCAAGUUCUGAAUUUGCAACCGCAACCGGAGGAAGACUACGUGCGUGGAGAAAUACUAGGAUUUGUUGAAGUCACCAAAAAACCUUACGGACUGGGGAGCGAAAAGGUUGGCUUUGACGACGAAUCGCGGAUCAAAUUGCGUAAAAUGAGCUUUUACGAGUCGCGCCCCGUCCUGACGAACCUCAGUGUCCGGUACGAAGCCCGCCAAUCUGGCGUCGGCUCGAAACUCGUGCAAGCUUGUGAAGACCGAGUUUUAAAAGACUGGGGCAUGAAGGAAAUGAUACUGGAAGUGGAGGACGACAACGACAAUGCUCGCAAUUUUUAUCUAAAACGUGGCUACAAGGUAUUGUUUGAAGACCCGGCAUCGAGGCGAUACGAUACGACCGGUGUGUGGCUCAAGCAGGUACGAUGCAAACGUCAAAUUAUGCGCAAAGCUUUGGGUGCCGUGGAACUGGUCGCACUGAAUGCCUUCGAAGUAAAGAACAGUGUAAACAAACUGUUCGGUAUCAAAAUCCUUCAGCGGCUACGAGACAAUGUUCUCGGAACAAUCAAGGAACGUGUACGCUAGUGUGACUACAACAUCGCUAAUAAAACAAUCUGAACCUUUUCAUCUUUG